CCUCUUUCUCCUCUUUCACUUUCCUUCUUUUCUCAGACUUCCAUCAAUAUUCGCUUUCCUCUCUGGAUUCUCUCUACUCCUUCCAGAGUAGACAAAAACUCCAUCACCCAGGAAGGAAACAAACAACAAAAUCCUCAUCUCCUGCAGUACAUAUACCUCCAGUGUAGUAGUGGAUAUUGGUGUCUCAUGUAGUGGGAGGAAGGUGCCUUUAUUUUAAUUUUGGUGAAAGAGAUGGCGCAGAAAAGCUCUUUUUUAGUACUUUGUUGGGUAUUGUUUGUCUUCGUUGGAGCGUGCUUUGGUGUUGAUUUAGAUGUGAAGGCAACGAAUCAAAGUACGGUUGUAGAUAUGAAAGGUUCUGUGACAUUGAAUGAUAGUUCUAUUGUGACAACACCGGUUGUGGUAGCUGAUAAAGAAGUAAAGAGUGAUGUUCAGGAUAAAGUAGUUAACCAGAAAGUAGUUAAGGAUGAUGACCCUGCGAAGAGUAAUUUGAGUAAGGAAGUGGAUUCGAAAAAGGAUCCCGUGGAGGUAUUGGCAACUAACACGAAUGAUUCGAGUAAGGAAGUGGGGGAGAAGAAAAAGAAGGAUGAGAAAGAGCAAGGGGAUGUUGAAAAAUCAGAUGCUGAGAAGGGAAUUAAGAAGGAACAUAAAGAUGGGGAUUCGAAGCCAACAAGGAAGGAUACUGCUCGUGGCGAAGAAUGUGAUCCAUCUAACAUGUGCAAAGAUGAGAAGAGCGGUCUAAUUGCAUGUUUGAGAGUUCCUGGAAAUGAUUCUCCAGAUUAUUCACUUCUGAUUCAGAAUAAGGGGACAACCCCUCUCAGUAUCAACAUAGCUGCUCCUAAAUAUGUUCGGCUAGAGGAAAGUACCAUUAAACUUCUACAAAAGGAAGACAAAAAGGUGAAAGUUACAAUUGGAGAAGGCGACAACAACACGUCAAUCAUUCUCUCAGCCGGUAAUGGCCAAUGUAAUCUCGAUUUCCAUGAUUUAGUCUCGCACAAUUCUGAGACGCAGACGAGUAACUCGAAGAAAUUUUCAUACACUGACCUGAGUUCUCGAGCUUCUUCCAUAUUGUACAUUUCUUUAGCAGCAAUGUUUUUAGUUGGAUCAGUUACAUUAUGUGUUAAACUCCGAAAAAGAGGUACUCUCUCUGGAGAACUCCCGAAAUAUCAAAAACUGGAGAUGGAACUUCCAAUUACCAAUACGGCGAUAAUGACCAAAGUAUCGCCUGAAGUUGUGGCUGAUGGAUGGGAUAAUAGUUGGGGUGAUGACAGUUGGGAUGAUGAAGAGGCGCCUAAAACACCUACACUGCCACUUACGCCAAGUCUUUCUUCGAAAGGCCUUGCUGCUCGAAGAUCUAGCAAAGAAGGGUGGAAGGAUUAGUUUUUUUUUUUCCGCCAGUGUUUCAAAUUUUUGGUCUCCACUGUAACAAUUAGAAAUUUCAUUUAAAUCCCAAGCAACAAUGAAAACAGAUAACUGUUUUCUGAUGAAAGUAAGUUUCCACAUUAAAGUCAUUAUGCUA